AUGAUGCUUCAUUAUGAUCCUUCAUUAUUUUUUGGCUUGUAUGCGAGACUGACAUUGUUUCGCUUUUAUAAAACAAAUGCAUUUAAGCAAAGCCACGAUAAAUUGAUUUUACCAGAAAUUGAAAAAAUUGCUUUUCAAAAUGUUGCUUUGCACUACUGUCCAGACGACGCAGCAGAGUAG